AUGAAGUCGAGAUACAUAUUAGCAGGUGCUGGUCUAUUGCACUCCGCCAGGGCAAUACCUGCAUACAUCACGACAGUUUUUUCCUGCCCAGAUGUUGUGACGAUUACACAAACCGUAUACCCACCUGGGUGGACAAACACAGGGCCAAUAUAUACAACUAGACCUUUGACUGAGCCUCAACCAAACCCUCCACCAAAUCCUCGACCAGAGCCCGAGGGUAAUAGGCCUCCCCAGCCGCAAUGUACGGAACAAGGCCUUACAACAUCGUGGGAGACGGAAUACGCAACUAGAACUAUGUACUAUUCGGAGUACGGAAUGUAUUCAGGACCACCUGGUUGCCCUCCGACAAUCUAUGCCUACAUGCCAACCACAGUUACUUGUUCGGAGCCGCAGACUACCGGAUGGGUUGGGUACGCAUCAGAUAUCGCAUGUGCCUCAUGCACGGCUACUACCCUCGUUGGAUUGAGGCCAGGCGUUAGCACUGUCGGCGGCGCUGAGGUUACAUACUAUACCAUCUUCACUGAGGUUUAUGUCGAAGCCGGAGCAACCACUCAAGCUAACAUGAUUGGUGCCCAAUGGACAACAACUGGAUCUCCACCAUACGUCGCUCCAUACGCCAAACAAUGUACUAACACUGCCGCUGGUGGUACAUAUGGUGCUGCCACAUAUACUCCAACCAAUGGUGGUGGCCUAACCGUCACCGCAACCGGUAAUCGGGGAUACCCAUCCAUUGACUACAAUGAUCCAAACCUCUUUAGACCUUAUUCUAGCGGCGCUGGCAACCAACAAGCUCCUAACCCUAACCCGACCCCAGUCCCGACCCCAGCCCCAACCCCCAAUGGUAACACUGGGGCAGCACCAAGUCAAGGUGGUCCAUACACUUGGACUCGUGGGAGCGGCUACCCAAGCAUCAACUACGACGACCCGGACUUCUUCCGUGUCGGCCCAGGCACUGGUACAUAUACCCAACGUGCGGGACCAAACACCAGCCGUCCACCAUCAGCUGAAACCGCUGGUCCAAACACCACGAUUCGUCCUGCUGAAGGCACCUCGCGUGGCACUGCUCCCCCGCCAUCUGGAACUGGCCGCCCUACCUCCUAUCCCGCGGACUAUAGCGACCCCAAUCUCUUCCGUCCUGUCAGUGGUAUUGAGAUCGUUUCUCUCACAGAGCGAAAAACCUUGCCUCCACCUACCACAACCUACACUUUCGGAACCAGCGUCUAUGGCGCCAACUAUAACUCGAUUGACAACGAAGCUACAGAAAAUUUCCGUCCUGUCAGCGGUGUUUCUAUCGCCUCCCUCGAGACUCCCCAAACCUUCCCAGCCCCAAUUACUACUUCCAUCCCAGUCACUUCUCGAGUCACUUCCAACUAUCCUAGCAUCGACUAUGCCAACACUAGCCUCUUUAGACCUCUAAAUCUUGGUAAUGGUGGAGCCGAGCCAGCUUCCACAGUCACUUCACCAGUUACCAGCGCCACUUCUGCUGCUUAA